GAAGCCUCCCGAGCGGCUCCGAGCGGCUGAGAUGUGAGUCAGUGGGGCAGUCUGGGCUGGCAGUCGGUCUGUGGAACCGAAGGAAGCGGGUGCUGGACGGAGGCGCUCCGUGCUGCGAGACUCGCUCAUACAGAGAAAGAGAGAGAGCGCGCGCGGCGGCGACGACGACGACGACUGCGUGCGGUGCCACUCUCACACGCUGUCCCCCGCCGGCGUCAGCCGCGACCCGCGCACCAGUGCCGUCAACCAGUGCUCUUCCUCCGCGCCAACAAGUGCUCCUUGUGUCAACUACUGUGCGUUCUGUCACAGACAGAGCUUUUGUGCUUUCGGUGCGACAACACCCCCUCCCCGGAGUAGUGGUGAACAGGCUGGUAGUACGUUCGCGGAGUGCGCGAGUGACAUCUUCUCCUCCGUCAUCUGCCGCGUGGUGCUAACGCAGUGGGGCUGACAUGGCUGUCGCUACCGGCAGCCGAUCCUUAACCACCGCCGCCCAGCGGUGCGGCCUUAGUACGGCCGCUUUUUAUUAAAUCUUCUUCUUCCGCGCGGCGCGCCGAGGAAGCCAAGUUUUUGUGAACAUAAAAGUGUGUGCGAAUUGAAACCCAAUAAAAAGUUCGCGAUGCUCGCGGUGGAGGCGACGAUGGAUGCGGACAGCAGCUGUCUGCCUCUAGACCUGAGUUUGAACUCCGCGCGGGUCAGUGCGUCCCCCGCGCCGCCCUUGAGUCCGUGCCGCGGCGACUACUGCACCGAUGACUCUGAUGACUCCGAGUGCGCCCAAGGGGACCGUCGGUUCCCCGCGGGGCUCAAGAGCUGCAAGGCGUACAAGAAGUCCCUCAUGAGGCGAUACCUGGACACGGAGCUGCCGACGGGCCCUCACCACCAUCACCACCACCAUCACCACCAUCACCACCACCAUCCGCUGAUGGACUUGGGCAGCGCGGCGUCGUCGUCCGCGUCGCCGUCGCCGCCCCCGCCGCCGCCCUCGUCGUCGUCGUCGACGGCGUCGUCGGUGGUGGCGGGGCCCGGGGCGGCGGUGGCGGGCGGCGCGGGCGUGCACAUGGUGACGGUGAAGCGGGAGCCCGGCACGGAGGGCGUGGGCGGCGGCGCGGAGCCGCACCGUGCGCUGCUGCACGGCCUGCUCAGCCAGCACGCGGCCGCGCUCGCCGCCCACCACGCGCACGGGCACGCCCACGCCCACGCCCACGCGCACGGCCACGCGCCGCAGCCGCCCCCGCUGCUCGCGCCCGGCCACCGCUCCUCCGCCUACACCACCUCCAGCACGGGCUCGCUACCGCCUAGCCCCGCAGACUCGGGCGUGUCGGACGUGGACAGCAGCAGCAGUGGCCACACCUCCAACGACGAGCUGAAGGCGCGCCUGCAGCCCACGCCAGUUCCCGCGGCGCGCACGCCGGACAGCCCCGGGCCGGGCCCGCACGGCUACGGCGCCCCGCACGGCGCCGCCACCACCAACGGUGGCGCCCAGGGCUUCCUCGCGCCCUACUACCCGCACCCGGCGCACCCCGCGCACCACCCGGCGGCGCACGCCCCCGGCGGCGGGGGCGGAGGAGGCGGCGGCGGCGGCGGACACACGCACCCGGCGCACGGCGGGCACGCGCUGCCCGCGCACGCGCACGCGCACGCCGCCCGGCACGCGCACGCCCCGCCCCCGCAGCACCACUUCGCCGCGGCCGCGGCUCGACAGCCCAACGAUGAUGUUUUCUUUAUUUCUUUGGGUAGUUUCAAUUCGGGCGUUUGCUAUGCAUAUGAUCUUGCCCAAACGUGUUUUUUUUCUCGAACACUUGAAAAAAUAAUCCUUACAUUAUGUGUUAACUUUGAAAAUCAGUUCUUCCAAUUCUUUUAUUUGCAAGAAGAAACAAAAGAUAUUCCUGAAAUAAAAAAAAAAGAUAAGUCUAAUAUUUCAACUUAA